AUGGCUGCAGAAGUGGCAAAUGGAGGUGCGUCAAACGCGCUUGAUGAUAUCAAAGCUCCUGCCGGUGUCGUGCUGCCACCACGCGAGAUUCGAAACAUUCUCGAAAAGACUGCGGGAUACGUCGCGCGAAACGGAUCGGUAUUCGAGGAUCGCAUCCGGGAGAAGGAACGCCAGAACCCCAAGUUCAGCUUCCUGAGUCUCGAAGAUGCGUACCACGCCUACUACCAGUGGCGACUGAGCGAGAUCAGAUCUGGUCGCGGCACCGACAUUGCGGCCGGUCGAGUGGGAGAAAGCAUAGCCCCGGUUCCUGAAAAGCCCAAGGGCCCGCCGAAGCCUCCCGACUUUCAGUUUUGCGCUCGAAUGCCUCACAUCAACCAGAAGGAUUUGGACGUGAUUCGGUUGACUGCGCUUUUCGUGGCCAAGAAUGGACGGCAGUUCAUGACACAGCUGGCGCAGCGCGAAGCCGGCAACCCCCAGUUCCAGUUCCUGAUUCCCAAUCACACGUUCCACAACUUUUUCCAGCACAUUGUCGAUCAGUACACGUUACUUUUGCGGGCGAGCGGACUCGAUGGCGAGGGCGGCAAGCUGCAGGAAGAGCGAACAGCGGAGCUACAGCUGAAUAUCAAGGACAAAUUCCACGUCCUGAAGCGAGCAAAAGAGAGGGCGGAAUAUACCAAAUACAUGGAGGCCGAGAGGAAGAAGAGGGAGGCCGAGGAGGAGGUUGAAAAGGCCGAAUUCGCUCGGAUCGAUUGGGGUGACUUUGUCAUCGUCGAGACAAUUACAUUUUCCGACGCCGACGAGAGUGCCAACCUACCGCCGCCCACCACCCUGGGUGACCUCCAGUACGCUUCGUUAGAAGACAGAAACAAGGCGUCUAUCAGUGCCAAUCUGCGAAUCGAAGAAGCCAUGCCUGGCGAUGAGGACGAGCUACAGAACGCAGUCGUCGAAGCAGCUCCUCCAGCGUCUUUCCCCCUUCCUGUGCAUACGGGGUACGCACCACAGCAGCAGCAGCCACAGUUGCCAUCCCCAGUACCGGUUUACGGCGCCGAGUUACAGCAACCACAGAAAUCUGCCCAGGAGGAAGAAGAGUCUCGGAGAAUUCAAGAAAGGUCUGAAGCGCAAUCUCGCGUGCAACAGGCUCAUUCAGAAGCUAGGGGUGGACUUGGUCCGAUGAAGAUAAGGGAGAAUUACGUGCCACGGGCAGCACAGAAGGCGGCAACCAAGCAAGGAAUGCAGAUGGCGCUAUGUCCCAACUGCAAGCAGCAGAUUCCCCUCAACGAACUCGAAGCGCACAUGCGAAUCGAACUUCUGGAUCCAAGCUGGAAGGAGCAAAAGGCCAAGGCCGAAUCGCGCUAUGCUACGUCCAACAUUGCUCACGUUGAUGUGGCGAACAACUUGAAGCGACUUGCCAGCCAGAGGAGCGAUGUCUUUGACCCUGCGACAGGAAACGCCCUCUCGGAGGAUGAGCAAGCCAGACGAAAGAAGGCAGCCACCCAAAGCUACGAUGGACAUCUGGAGGGGAAGAGCCAAGCUCAUCUCAAUCACCUUCAGAAUGUCAAUGUCGACGAGCAGAUUCGUGCAAUCCACCAGAAGUUUGCAACGAAGAAGUAA